AAAGGGACCAGCUGAGCUCGCCGGCCCGGGGCAUGGGGGUCACGGUGGACGUGCACCAGGUUUUCAAAUACCCCUUCGAGCAGGUGGUGGCCAGCUACCUCCGCAAGUAUCCCAGUCCCAUGGAGAAACAUGUCACAGCUAUAAAAACCAUGGAAGAAAAAACAGAUUUGUCCACAGGGAUUAUUUACAGAAGGAGAAUUGCAACAUGUCAGAAUGUAAUUCCAGGGAUCUUAAGAAAGGUCAGUGUCUUAAAAGUGUCUGACAUCUACUUAGAGGAAGAAUCUUGGCUUAAUAUGCAGGAAAGAAAUAUGGUUAUGAAGUCUCAUUGCCUUACCUGGACACAAUAUGCAUCUCUAAGUGAAGAAUCUGUCUUCAGGGAAAGCUUGGAAAAUCCAAAUUGGACAGAGUUCAUCCAGAAAGGGAGGAUAUCCAUUACCGGAGCAGGGUUGCUCAACUGUGUAUUGGAAGCUUUUGCUCAAACCUUUCUAAAUCAAGGAGUCAAGAAGGGUAUUAGAAUAAUGGAGGCUCUUCUGCAGGAACAGUGUGGGUGCCCGUUUUCCUGAGAAGGAACUGAAGAAAGGUGUCAUCAGAGCAAUAUAUUUUUAUUGCUGUGACUGUUUCCAGGGAAGUUAUCCAAAUUUUAUUGGUACCAUUUUAUUGAGGAAACAGAGUAUUCAAUAUGCACAGCUUGGAGAAAAGAUGACAAUUGUCUAUUCAUCUUUUGGAUAAGAUUAAGGAAAGAUACGCUGUUUAAAGGGACUCUGAUCCUGAGAGAUCCUGGAGAAGCAGAUGUAAAUGUGGAAAUAAUGUCUUCAUGUGGAUUUCUGGUGAAAUUUCCAGAGACUAAGCAUUCACUGAGAGAACCAACAUCAGCAAAAACAUAAAUAGCCCUUUUUGCUGUGAAGAGAUCUUCUACCAUGUCAACCAGUUAUCUUGAGUCUUGCCAAGACAGGUAUGAAUAUCCUCUAUUAAUUUUAAUAGUUUAUUUUGAAGCUUAGUUGUUAGGGACAGUGAUUCUAUUCACAAAAUGCAUAAUCUAAUAAGAAGCGUCAAUGGAAAUGUGUUCUUUUUGUUCUUGUGAUUGAGCCGAAAAGGGAUUUGCUAACAAGGGGUUGCUCUUAUAUUAAAAGUUUGAUGAAUGAUUCCUGAUGGCAUAUUGCAUUAUACUAUCUAGGUAAUAUAAAGCCCCAAUCCAGCAGAGUACUCAAGAACAUGAGUGGUGGCGAGUAGCCCAGUGUCUCCAAUAGGACUACUCGUGCCUAGAGUUAUAGACAUGCUUUCCUGGGUCUUAAUCUUUAUGAAGUGAAGACAGAAAUGAACAAAUAUGUUCUGCACAACUCUUUUUAAAAAAAAAAAAACACUAAAAAAUUAAAAGCUACACUUCUGAAAAGCUGGGCCUUAACUUGUAAUUCAUAUAU